AUGCAUUUGUUUUUUAUUCGCGUUCUAUUUUUGUGUGUGACGGUUCCGUCCGGCGAAGGUUUAUAUUUUCCAAAUAAUUUUGAUGAUUUUCGUAAAGACCAUCUAAAUAUUUGCAAGAUACCUUCCGAUUGCUAAAAAACACCAAGAUGCAGAACGGAGACGAUACGGCACCGAGCGCAGAAACUACCAAGAAACCAGUGCCUGAGGAAGUGACGAAACAGUCGUUCCGUCUGAAAGUAUGGCGUCACCUGGAGUCAAACGGGCUGGCUAUGUUCCCGCGGCCGGUGUACAAUCGCAUCCCGAACUUCAAGGGUGCUCCGGAGGCGGCCGCUAAGCUGGCAGAGCUGGAUGUGUUCAAGAAUGCCGUCACGGUGAAGGUCAACCCGGAUAAGCCUCAGGAACCUGUGAGAGUGAUAUGCCUAGAGCAACAGAAGACGCUCUACGUUCCAGUGCCGCGUCUGCAGACCGGAUUCCUGAACCGCCUGGAGUUGCCUGAUGGUGAGACCGGACCAGCUGCCAUCAGGAAGGCUGUCUCCCGCAACGGAAUGGAGACUAAUGGAAAACCCAUUGGUAUUGAAGAUUCAGUUUCCUUGGAUCUUGUGGUGAUGGGAUCGGUGGCUGUUUCUAAGGAAGGCUACCGCAUUGGGAAAGGACGAGGCUAUGGAGAUUUGGAGUUUGGCCUGAUGAUGCACAUGAAAGCUAUCAAGCCGAACACACUGGUUGCCACCACCGUUCAUGAUUGUCAGGUGUUCGACACACUGCCCGCCGAGUUGUUCGGCCCUCACGAUGUCCCCAUUGACAUCAUUGUCACGCCAACACAGGUGAUAGAGACCCAGCGUAUGAGCCAGCGUCCGGCGGGAAUUCUAUGGCAUCUGCUGUCAAACCGCCGCGUGACGCUCAUGCCGAUACUGGGACAGCUGAGGGAGAUCGAAAUGCUUGCAGGCAGGCCGUGCGUGCUGAAAGAAGUGGACACGGAUGUAGAGGAGCGCACCGCGCAGCGCCCGCGCCGGCUGCGUCGCCGCACUCGCUCGCACAAGAGCCAGAGCGAGGGAGAGGGUAACACAACGGAAGGCGAGGACGGCAAAUCCGGUGGCAAGCCGCGGCGAUCGACGCGUCGUCGCAACAGCAACAAAUCCUCCGGCAAAGAGGGCAAGGAGGGCGCCGAGCCGCGCCCGCGCCGCACCAAGCGGCAACGCCCGGUCAUUGACUUCUCCGUCAAGACCGGGUCCAGCUCCGGCAAAGAGGGCAAGGAGGGCGCCGAGCCGCGCCCGCGCCGCACCAAGCGGCAACGCCCGGUCAUUGACUUCUCCGUCAAGGGCAAGGAGGGCGCCGAGCCGCGCCCGCGCCGCACCAAGCGGCAGCGCCCGGUCAUUGACUUCUCCGUCAAGCUCACCGUCGAUAGUAAGAUGAAGUCAACAGCAACAAAUCCUCCGGCAAAGAGGGCAAGGAAGGCGCCGAGCCGCGCCCGCGCCGCACCAAGCGGCAGCGCCCGGUCAUUGACUUCUCCGUCAAGCAACAAAUCCUCAGGCAAAGAGGGCAAGGAGGGCGCCGAGCCGCGCCCGCGCCGCACCAAGCGGCAGCGCCCGGUCAUUGACUUCUCCGUCAAGCAAGAUGACUUCAACAGCAACAAAUCCUCCGGCAAGGAGGGCGCCGAGCCGCGCCCGCGCCGCACCAAGCGGCAGCGCCCGGUCAUUGACUUCUCCGUCAAGCAAGAUGACUUCAACAGCAACAAAUCCUCCGGCAAGGAGGGCGCCGAGCCGCGCCCGCGCCGCACCAAGCGGCAGCGCCCGGUCAUUGACUUCUCCGUCAAGAUUUCAAACAUCAGUCCCAACACUCGAGUGCGCGAUCUGAAGCAAGCGCUGUCAGAGCGCGGUGUCAAGCCACAGAUCAUGGUUUGGAAGGGAUUCCGUGGAUUCUGCUAUCUUCACUUCUUCAAAUCUGGACCUCAAAAGGGCGAAGGCGACAGCGCGCCAGCGACCACUAUCAACAUGGACAGCGUGAUAGCCGCGCUCGCUCAGAUGUCGGUCGGCGGCAGCGGCGCCGCCGGCGACGAGGCGCGCGACGACAAGCCGCGCCUGCUGUGCGUCGAGCCCGCGCCGCCGCGCCGCCCGCCCGCGCCCGCCUCGCCCGAGCCCACGCAGGAGGCCGUACAUUGAUUUUCCGAAUGCUGAAGCGAUCGACGCGUCCUCUUCGACGUUUUGAUAACGAAUACCUUGUAUUAUUUCUAAAACACGCAUAUAAACAAACGUUGCUCGCUUAGUUCGCACACGGAGACGCGCCAGUCGCAUUCCGAUACUAAUUGUCUAGUGUUAAGGUUGAUUUUCCUUUGCGCCGGCUCAUCGGCUCGAAUUGUCUACGUCACUUGGUUUUAAUGUUUUUGUGUGACGUAGAUGUAACCGGUAAGAAGCGAUGGUUCGAUUUUGGUUUUGUUUGAACGGUUGUUCGCUCGGCCACAGUGUAGGAAAGGUAAGAGUAACUUAUCUUGUAUUAAAAAUGAUUUGUUGAUUCUGCUAAUGUACUUUGUUAUGGAUUUGAAACGUAAUAUUUUAUAUUUUAUUUAUUCUAGACUGUUGAUGAUUUGAAUAGCUUUAGAUGUUGCUGUUACACAAAUGAAUUUUUUACCUGUACACUUGUGCAGAGAUGAGUUACUGGUUUGCCAAGUCAGUCUACUGUGGCACUUAGGUUUUUUGUUGUUUUCUCCUUGAGCCGGCGCGUUGUUUAAGAGUGAGCUAUAUUUAUGAAACCCCUACGAAAGAUAUAUCUAUACGAAUGUUUUAGUUUUCUCUAGUCUAACGUUAGUAUGUAACAGCGCAAAUAGAUUUAUUUACAAAUACUUGUUUUCAAUGCAGAUACGUUUUAAGCAUUCUUCCAUAAUUUACGAUAAAAGAUGCUAUAUUUUAGUAUAGAAUAGAUUGAACUCUGAGAAGAUUAAUAUAUUUUUAAUAUUGUUAAGGUGCUUGUAUAACAGAGUCCCAAAUUAGGUAGAACUUAGUUGAUGGAUUUGACUAGCGUUAAGAGUAUUUAUUUGGAAGCGUUCGGGUUUGGGGCCCUGUUAAGUUUGUCCUGUUGUGUAUUUGUGCCAACUUUGAGUACAUGCAAUAAAUAUUUCUCUUGGAUAUUUAGAUUACAUUAUUAAGGUCUUAACUAUUUUUAACAUAUCGUGUGUAUGUGAGUUGGUAUAAAUAUUUAGUGCACUUGCGGAGUCAAAAGUUACUUUUUCAGUAUUAGGUUAUGUAAUUUAAGACUUGAAAAGUAAUAUAUUAUUGAAAAUGGAAUAUUUAAAUUAUCUAUUUUAGAUUAUGAAGUGAACUAUGCUUCACUAUUAUUGGUCUCUUAGCGUUAAAACGAAGAUGUAUUUUAUAUAGAAGGUAUUUGUAUCGAUGUAUUUUUCGAAAUUUUUAGUUUUAUUUUGGCAGCAUAAUAAUAUUGCUUGGUAAUACAUUUAAUAAGCAUUUUUCUAACGUUAGUUUCUAUAGAGUACUAUCUCGCACAAUAGCGUUGUGCCCCAAUAACAUUGUUAUUCCUCACAUGCAAUUUUAAGCACUAUAGAUUAUAUAUUUAUGUAUAUAAACUUGUUAACACUGAUAUUUGCUAGUUUAUUUUGUAAUCUUUAACGUUGGGAUAGCAAGCAUGGAUGAGCGUUUUUUUGUUUUGUAUUUUUUUUUAAUAAAUUUAUUGAACACUUA